AUGGAGAUAAAAAGAGAGAUCAAAAUUCUGCAGAACCUAUGUGGGGGACCCAAUGUUGUCAAACUCCUUGACAUUGUUAGAGAUCAGCACUCUAAAACUCCUAGCCUGAUAUUCGAAUUCGUUAAUAGUACAGAUUUCAAAGUUCUGUACCCCACAUUAACCGAUUAUGACAUACGCUACUACAUAUAUGAGCUUCUCAAGGCACUGGAUUACUCUCACUCCCAGGGAAUAAUGCACAGAGAUGUUAAGCCUCAUAAUGUAAUGAUAGACCAUGAAUUGCGAAAGCUUCGCUUGAUUGACUGGGGUCUUGCAGAAUUUUACCACCCUGGCAAGGAGUAUAAUGUCCGUGUUGCUUCAAGAUACUUCAAGGGUCCAGAACUUCUCGUUGACUUGCAAGACUAUGACUAUUCCUUGGAUAUGUGGAGCCUGGGUUGCAUGUUUGCCGGGAUGAUUUUUCAGAAAGAACCUUUUUUCUAUGGACAUGAUAACCAGGAUCAACUUGUGAAAAUCGCUAAGGUCCUUGGGACUGAUGAGUUAAAUGCGUGUCUACACAAAUACCGGUUGGAGCUUGAUCCUCAACUAGAAGCUCUUGUUGGAAGGCAUAGCAGGAAACCAUGGUCGAAGUUUGUUAAUUCAGAUAAUCAGCAUCUUGUGUCACCAGAGGCCAUCGAUUUCCUCGACAAACUCCUGCGAUAUGAUCAUCAAGAUAGGCUCACAGCAAGAGAAGCUAUGGCUCAUCCAUACUUCUCGCAAGUAAGGGCUGCAGAGAAUAGCAGGAGCCGAACUCAAUAGCUCAACCUCCUUGCCCGCAAAACACAGCAUAUCUUUGUGGUAAUGUAACAAAUGCAGCCGUUGAUACCCUUGUGAUCUUAUAUUUUGAUCAUUUGUCACUUUCUAAGGAAUUGUUUUAUAACUAGCUAUCAUAACAUAACCCUCUCAUUUGUCGGAGUUUUCCAGUUUCUGUGUAUUAUGAGUAUAUUUUUGCAAUAUUACUUUAUGUAUCCAUUAAUUGAGUGGAAGAUUCCCUUUGAUUGUUUU